UUCUUACUUCCGGCAUCGGCUGUGGGCGGGACUGUGAUGCUCUUUUCACGGUCUCCCUUGCAAAAAAUAUAAUGUUAACGGUCUCGUUGACCCGUUCUCAACAAGGAAAGGAGAAGGAGAAGAUAUCCUAGCUAAAACGUAAUUUUCAACAUUAAGAUACCACAAUGGCAUUUGCCAUUUAUUAUUUCAAGGACAAGACUGUGGAAGUUGGGAAGAUUUCAUGGAUGAGUACUGACGACCAGCAACGAUGUCCAAAAGUAAUCACUCAGUGCCCUGAUCUAGAAGAAGAAGACGACGGAUGGAUGGAGAUAAAGUGGGACAUGAAAGACAGAAAAAAGUCAGACAGUCCAGCCUUUUCCCCAGCAAAGGUUUUGAUGGUUGGUGACAACUACAGUGAUCUCUGCAAGAAGAGGCAGGAAUUCAUUAAGGGUGAAGACAUCUGGCAAGAAGCAAUCAAGAGGAAGAGUAAGCCGAACAGCAAGUGGAAAGAUGUGGAAGAGGAUCAUGAAGUUCCAUCAAAAAAGAAGAGAAAGAAGUCAACGUAUGCUGAAAAAGAGUCGGCAAACCAAAUGAUAGAAGAGCUGAAGAAGCAGCUGGCAAACGAAAUAUCUUCAGAGUCGACUAACUCAAAUGAGGAGUCAUCAGAUGAGGAGCAGCUGCCCAGAAACUGGAUUGGGGCACAGAAGAAAGUGAAAGAGCUUCAGAGAGAAAUCAAGAGCCUGAAAGCAGACCAUGGGAUGAUACUACAUGCUAUGAGAGAGCUUCCAGCAGUAGUGACAAAACUGAAAGAGAUCAUAGAAAAAAACACAGUUCAGAUCUCAACUCCUGCAUCCACCUGGUCAACACCCACACCAGACCGACAAGUUUGUGCACCCGCCUCUCCUCAAGUGUUGUCUGACCCUGAUGAUAUGGUGCCUCUUAUGCCAGGUUGUGUUGUAAAAGUCCUAAGACUAAAGCUGAAGUCUCUGCAGACUGCAAGUUCCGGUGCUCAUCUAUGCCCAUGCCCAGACGAAAUUUCCUGACACCACCAUGCAAGAUGUGAGACAAAUCAUAAGAAAGAAAUACAACAACAUAAGCUACGCCAACCAAGUAAAUGAAAAGAAGUCAUAAAAGUACAGAUUUUGUUUCUAUCUAGUUAUUUAUUUUUGGUUCCAAAGUUGUGCACUUGUCUUUUACCUUUUUUGACAAUUUACAUGAAACAUGCACAUUUUCCUUUCAUUUUCUCCAUUAAGGAAAGACUUGAUUUCAUAGGUCUUUGUUUUUGAAAUGUUUGAAAAUAUAUCAAACUUUUUUUCAACA